UCAUGUGAAGUAGUUUUCUUUUGCUGUUUAUUAUUAGGGGUAGAAUAAAUAAGCCUGCAUUUCUUUGUUUACUUCUCUAGUGAAUAAAAAUUCGUGUUGAGUUGAUUGGUGUUAGUGUUCUUGAUGGUUUCGGGUGACGAUUCCAAUGGUGGUCGAUUAUCCCGCAAGACUGCAAGAUCCCCAAAUCGCAAGUGCAAAAAGACAGAUGCGAACAUAGCGAAAGGGUCUGCGUUGCGAAAUGAUGCGCAACCCUCGGUUCAUAAAAGGAAUCUUUACGUUGUUUCGUUCCCAAUUAUAAUCCUGUUUAACGUACUCAGGUCAAUUUUGUAUCAGUUAUUCAUAAUUUUUAAGUAUUUGUAUUCGGCGUCGAAUCGUUUGAUGCACAAGCCUCGUAAGAGCGGGGAGUGCAACUUGGAAGUGGUGGUGAAGGACGGUGUGGUAUCUACAGAGGUCAUACAUAGUGAAGAAAUGGCUCACAUACACAAUGUGGGCCCCGGAGACCCUCUUCUAGCAAAGCAGAAGCAUCACCAUCGGAAAGCUUUUGAGUACAUAUCAAAAGCUCUCAAGAUUGAUGAAGAAAAUGAGGGUCAAAAGGAGUUAGCAAUAGAGUUAUACAAGAAAGGGAUCUAUGAGUUGGAGCGAGGCAUCGCCGUGGACUGCUGGGGCGGCCGCGGCGACGCCUGGCAGCGGGCGCAGCGGCUCCACGACAAGAUGAAGACAAACCUUGGGAUGGCCAAAGAUCGCUUGCACUUCCUCGCAAACCUAGUGGCUCUCAGUAAAUUGGGAGUUGAGAGCGAUUCCGAACGACACGACAAAAGGCCUACGGAGUCUCCGCUAAAGGUGCGCAGGCCCUUAGAAAAGUCGAAGACUACGUUACUCGCGCAUACAGAAAGUAACAGUGGUCAUACGAAGCCAUCGAACGAAGUAGCCGGCCGCAAGUUGACCACGGGCGGGCGUCGCGUCCCCAGCGGUGGAGGUCCCCUUAUGAAGUCACAGACGUUACCACGCUCAAUGGGCCGGUCGUCAUCGCAACCCAACAGCUCCAACGGCAGCUACAGCAGAUACCCGGUCAAGCCCGCGUCCACCCCGCCGGCUGUGAAACGGCAACUUUCUAACGCGUAUCAGGUGCCGGCGAACGGGUCUCCUAUCCGCCGGGCGGUGGGCGGGGGCUCGCAGCGGGGGACCCCCACGAGGAGUCGUACCCCGCAGCCCCCGCUGUCUGUCAGAGGAGUGGACCCUAAGCUGGUGCAGCUUAUUUUGGACGAGAUCGUGGAGGGGGGGCCGAAGGUUCAUUGGGAGGAUAUUGCGGGGCAGGAGGCCGCUAAACAAGCUCUACAAGAAAUGGUGGUGUUGCCAUCUCUAAGGCCGGAACUAUUCACGGGAUUGAGGUCACCAGCGAAGGGAUUGUUGUUGUUCGGACCCCCGGGAAAUGGUAAAACGCUGCUAGCGCGGUGCGUUGCAGCCGAAUGUUCAGCUACGUUCUUCUCCAUUUCGGCCGCCACUCUUACCAGCAAAUACGUCGGUGACGGUGAGAAAAUGGUGCGGGCGCUGUUUCAAGUCGCCAGAGAGUUGCAGCCAUCAAUAAUAUUCGUGGACGAGGUGGAUUCCCUCCUCUGCGAGCGUUCGUCUGGCGAACACGAAGCGUCAAGGAGACUGAAGACGGAAUUUUUAGUGGAAUUCGACGGGUUACCCGCGGCGGGAGCUGAUAGGCUGAUCGUAAUGGCGGCUACCAAUCGGCCGCAGGAGUUAGACGAAGCAGCUUUAAGACGGUUUCCAAAACGGGUUUAUGUAUCGUUACCAGAACUGCGGACACGGUCGUGUUUAUUGAGAAGAGUGCUCGCGCGCGGUUCAGCGGCUUCAGCGCUCACUGACGACGAAAUAGAACGACUUGCAGCGCUUACUGAUGGAUAUUCAGGCAGCGAUCUCACUGCGCUGGCGCGGGACGCCGCUUUGGGACCUAUCAGAGAGCUAGACCCAGAAGAGGUCAAAUGCCUGGACCUGUCCCUGGUGCGGAGCAUCACGUUCCAGGACUUCAUGGACUCCCUGAAGCGGAUCCGCGCGUCCGUGUCGCCGCUGAGUCUGGUCGCGUACGAGAAGUGGUCGGUCCAGUAUGGAGACCUGGGACUAUGAGGAUGCAGAGGCGGGCAGUACAGGUAUAACUUUGAAUAAAACCGAACGGUAAGUCAUUGAGAUGGUUAAUUCUAGAGUUUGAACGCUCAAAUUUUGUAUCCCUAAAAACGAUACAUUGUGGCAUUUUGUUGUAAGUAUGUGACAUUUAUCGCGUUAUAUCUUUCUAGUAAUGAAUAGUAUUAAUUUCAAGAAAUAGUCUUAUUUUUGUUUGUAGAUACAAAAAAAUUGUAAUGAAAUGUUUAUUUUAUCAUGGCGUCUAGUCAGAAAACUAUGUUAUUUUAUCACUGAAAUUACCCGUUUUAUCUUUGAUCCCACCGCUGCCACUAGUUUUGGCGGCGUCGUUUGUUCUUGUAUUCCCGUCGUAUCAAGACAAAGGAAAUAAAAUAUUAUCUGAGAAUUUAAAUGGGAUCAAGGGUGGACUCCGGAGGACCGUUAAACUAUGAUUGUUUAAAAAAUUGUUUUCGCAUAUUUUUAAAUUUGGAAUGAAAUAGCUUUUUUUUAUGCAGAGGAAAUACGUUGAUUUUUUGUGCAAAGAAAUUUGUGUGUAAGCGUUCUGGUGCUGAAAUUAUAAUGAAAUCAUUAGUUUUCUAUUUUAUUAAAAAAAUCUGGUUAAUAAUAAAAAUAAUGAAGUUCUAAAUCAUACGUGGCCCAGGGUCAAAUGUCAAAAUAAUUUUAAUAUAAUACUAACGAAUUAAAAAUGAACAAAUGAAGUCAAAUGUAAGGUAAAAUAAAAAUAUAUUUUCUAAUUUCUUUUCCGAAAGACAUGUCGGCCCCUAGGUUUUAUCUAGUAUAACACGGCUCAAUAUAGAAGUAUAGCUUUCGAUGUGACUAGAUGUUAAAACAAUGCUUACGUACUCAUGCUUCUUUAUUGAGUUGGGUUAUACUGGCUUCUCUUUAACCCGUCCAAGUUGAGGUGGCCUCGUGUUCUAAGCCAAAACAUCGUAAGUCUCAUUCGCACGAACGCUUUUAUACGUUAAGCCAGCGUUUCAUAGCUUUAAAAAACAUAAUUUGGUGCCCUGAUUGGUAUCGUGGAAAGAAAAACGUAUAAUAUUUCAUAUUGGAUUGAAUGAAAUAUGAGAAAGUCGACAAAAAAUAUUAUUUGAUGUCACACGUGUUCCUAGAAUUACAAGAUAAAAAAGAAUACCAUCAAAAAUUAUCUAAGUACGUUAGUUCAUAAAAACUGCCUCAAACCAAAAUAAUGUAAUAACCUACAUCUUUUGAUCGGCGUUCAGAACGCCAGAAGAUAUAAAUUGGCGUUCUAACUGAACGUGUGUUAGUUUCAAGAAUACGAGUAGGAAAUGUGAGCAUUAUUAUUUCCCAUACAAAUUAAAGGCUAUGUAUUAAAAUUUUGAAUUUAUCAUGCAAAAUGAUGCGUUGACUUUUGUUUAAUAAAUAAUCCAAACCGGUUAAAAGCAAAAAAAAAAAAAAUAUGUCACGCUUCUUUUUGAGCUAAACGCGCGCUUUAUGUAUUAAUGGAAACUCAAUGUUUUGUAAUGGUUAAAUUAUUGUUGGCAUUGUACUUAUUCUAAAUUGUUUGAUAAAUUAUUUCUUUUUUAAUGAAUUCCGUUUUAGAGAUACGUUGAUGUAUGUAUUUUCAGUAGUCGUAGUAUAUGUUUACCAUAUUAUUAAAUGUUGUAUUUAUAUUGUAAUGUGCUGCAAAUCUUAUGAGUAGUUAAAUGAUUUGAUUUGUUGUAGUCGUGGUGAAUGGGGUGAUUGGUUUGUUAUUGAUGUUACAGAUCCCACUCCUCGUGAAGGUUGGGCUGGGGACUGUGACUUCUAAUGAGGGGAGAGCGAGGUCUUGAAACUGGCUGGAGAGAUAGUGAUGGCUGUACUGUACUGGGUGGCAAUGGGGGGCAGACGUCCCGUCUCUUAAUCUUGGUGAGCUCCGAUACGAGACAGCGGUGCACCUCCUCUAUUUUCUGAGUGCUUUUGUUGAUGAUGCCUGCUAGAUCCUCAGAAAGAGGUUGAUUGCUGGUUGAGGGCAUCGACUGAGCCGGUAAGUUUUCCUUUAUUGUCUGAAUGAUUUCACUCUUCAAAGCCUGAACGUUGUAGAAAUCGACAGCGGUUUCGGAUGAGUGUAAACUAAGUCCCUGCUGUGCCCAGUGAGUGUUGGCAUAUUUGAUAUAAGUCUGAUUGAAGGAACUCCAUGCUUGUAUUGGGUCCGAAACUUUUAAAGAAUCCCAGCUCGCUGGAAAUGCUUCCGGAUUCGUUUCGUACAAGCUGUUGAUGUAGAGAGGCCGUAAUGUCCAGACAAAAAGCCUCCUAGGGCAAUGCACCCUAGGAAGAUUGGGGAAUUUUCGGUUGAACUCUGUCUCCUCAUCCUCAUUCUGUAUGAAUUUUAGGUAAGGGUCGUUAGCAGGGCCCUCAUUGUCGGUCUCAGGAUCUUGUGAUUCUUCCUGGCAGUCCAUGUCCACAGAAAGCGUAUCCGGUGGCAUCUCAAUAUCGGCCUCUUGGGUAACCACAGGGGCUACACAGAAGUCAACCCCUCUGGAAGAUGGGCCAGGCAUGGACUCACCGGCAUUCUCUUUCUGCAGACGAGAGAAUAAGUUCUGAUCGGCAGCUCCUGACUUUGAAGCCCCUUUCACUUUUUCUUCCAGGUACGUCUUCAUGUAAUCUCGGAUAGCUUGUGUAAGUACACUCGCUUUACAUUUGUUGAAAUGCCUUACAGCCUCUUUAUCCUUUAAAAUGAUUUCUAUGAAAUUUAUUCCCUCCAUGAAUACCAUGAGAGGGUCCUCUGCUGAAUAUUCCCGCGUGAGUUCCGUUUUACUUUGCUCGACUCCCAGUCGAAUUCUUUCAAGACUAGUGGUGGCCCUUGACUUUCUCAUAUCUCACUCUAUAUCAUAUUAUAGCGUGACCCUUACUCUUUCAAAAACUAUCACAUAAGUCAAUAAAAAGUGGAAGGUUUCUGAGCAUUUUCGAAAAAACUGGAGGUACUCCUUUUGUCACAACUCUCCUAACACCGAGGUAAGUUGUGACAAUUUUAUUUCUAGAUAAAUACAAAUAAUAUUAUGGGUAUAAAAACAAAAAAACACAUAAUUUUGCAUAAAAGUAAUAUAAUUAUCAUUUUUGUCUUGAAUAUAGGAACUAGAAUGACAUUAAACAUAAAAAAAAAACAUUAAUUAUUUUAUGUUAUUGAUAAGAGAUAAAUAGUUUUAUAAGGAGGUAAAAUUAUUAAUCUAAUCGGACAAACAAUUAUGACAGACAUAUUGCAGCUCGCCUCCAGUGCAGUCUUCGUGAAACCAGCCUUUUCAUUCAAGGCACUGAACCCACUUCUCAUUUGAUCUGCUAUUUUCAUAAGGUUCAAGGCAGCAUAAGCAAAAGCAAUCAUUUUCCGCAUCUUCAUCUAAAUCGCCUUCACCCUUCUUGUUGAUUUUCUUGGCUUUCUUAGGUUUCUUCUCUUUUUCGGUCAAAACACGCUUUUUCAUACUUUUUAACUUCCUUUUUUCUUCUAUAGCAGCAAUUUCAUUCUUGAUAGGUGUGUUGGUUAGUACCGCUGACUUGAUCUUGCGUCUAUUAGGCUGUUUCUUUUUUCUUGGUGCAGCUUUUGGUACUAAACGGCCUAACUGAUUCUGGAGAGAACACAUUAGAGACAGUAGCAAGAGGAGUACAAGCUCUUGACGUAUUUUUGCCACCUAGGAGAGUUGUGACAGCGUGUCACAACUCUCCUAGGUGGCAAAAAUCAGGACAUCAUCGGAAUAUUAUUUUGUAAAUUCGAAACAAGAUGCAUACACAAUAAAACAUUACCAUGCUUAGAAACUUAAAUAGACAUGCUCCAUAAAAAAAUAAUGAAAACCCAUGUUAGUGUUAUAGGUUGUGAUAUGAACACAAUCAAAAUAUUUAUAAAAAAACUUACUUUUUGGAUAUUUUUUCGUGCCGUCGUCGUGCUAUUGCAACCACUUGCCAUGGGCUCCCGUGCUUACUGCGAGAAAUAGCGCGUCACAAGAGAGACUAUUGUGCGCUGUUGCUGUCUGGCUAACGGUCACGAAUUUUCAGAAAUCAUCGCUGUCACAACUCUCCUCUGUCACAACUCACCCAGGUCUCCCCUAUGUUUACCAUAUUAUUAAAUGUUGUAUUUAUAUUGUAAUGUGCUGCAAAUCUUAUGAGUAGUUAAAUGAUUUGAUUUGUUGUAGUCGUGGUGAAUGGGGUGAUUGGUUUGUUAUUGAUGUUACAGAUCCCACUCCUCGUGAAGGUUGGGCUGGGGACUGUGACUUCUAAUGAGGGGAGAGCGAGGUCUUGAAACUGGCUGGAGAGAUAGUGAUGGCUGUACUGUACUGGGUGGCAAUGGGGGGCAGACGUCCCGUCUCUUAAUCUUGGUGAGCUCCGAUACGAGACAGCGGUGCACCUCCUCUAUUUUCUGAGUGCUUUUGUUGAUGAUGCCUGCUAGAUCCUCAGAAAGAGGUUGAUUGCUGGUUGAGGGCAUCGACUGAGCCGGUAAGUUUUCCUUUAUUGUCUGAAUGAUUUCACUCUUCAAAGCCUGAACGUUGUAGAAAUCGACAGCGGUUUCGGAUGAGUGUAAACUAAGUCCCUGCUGUGCCCAGUGAGUGUUGGCAUAUUUGAUAUAAGUCUGAUUGAAGGAACUCCAUGCUUGUAUUGGGUCCGAAACUUUUAAAGAAUCCCAGCUCGCUGGAAAUGCUUCCGGAUUCGUUUCGUACAAGCUGUUGAUGUAGAGAGGCCGUAAUGUCCAGACAAAAAGCCUCCUAGGGCAAUGCACCCUAGGAAGAUUGGGGAAUUUUCGGUUGAACUCUGUCUCCUCAUCCUCAUUCUGUAUGAAUUUUAGGUAAGGGUCGUUAGCAGGGCCCUCAUUGUCGGUCUCAGGAUCUUGUGAUUCUUCCUGGCAGUCCAUGUCCACAGAAAGCGUAUCCGGUGGCAUCUCAAUAUCGGCCUCUUGGGUAACCACAGGGGCUACACAGAAGUCAACCCCUCUGGAAGAUGGGCCAGGCAUGGACUCACCGGCAUUCUCUUUCUGCAGACGAGAGAAUAAGUUCUGAUCGGCAGCUCCUGACUUUGAAGCCCCUUUCACUUUUUCUUCCAGGUACGUCUUCAUGUAAUCUCGGAUAGCUUGUGUAAGUACACUCGCUUUACAUUUGUUGAAAUGCCUUACAGCCUCUUUAUCCUUUAAAAUGAUUUCUAUGAAAUUUAUUCCCUCCAUGAAUACCAUGAGAGGGUCCUCUGCUGAAUAUUCCCGCGUGAGUUCCGUUUUACUUUGCUCGACUCCCAGUCGAAUUCUUUCAAGACUAGUGGUGGCCCUUGACUUUCUCAUGAUUUGGGUUGGGGCGGUUUCAAUAUGGAGGAGUGGGAGCUGUUCCGUUUGCUGCCCAGGAGUUUGUUAAGAAGGUAGUGUUUAUGUCUUGUGUCCCUUGUGUGUAAAUAUAAUUUAAAUGACAUUAUGACGGGUAGCAACACUUCCUUAUAACCGAAACAAAUAAUUUGCUCAAUAUGAACAGAUUUGGUGUUUCUGAGCAGAAUUAAUGAUAAAAAGUAAUAUAUUUUGAUAAUAGUUUGUUAUAAAAAAUAGUCUAUCUCUUCGAUUUGAUGUUAUUAUUGGAAAAUAUCAAUUAUUGGACCACGAAGUUACGUAGAGUCGAAAUAGUGUGCCAUUUAGUAAUGUUGUAGAAACGCGGGGUUUAUAUCUGGGCAAUCGAGAUUAGUUACUACUUAUUACCUACAAUAUGCUGUGGUGUUUCAAAACUAUUUUAAUAAAAGGUCAAAAUAUACACUUCACAAGUAAACUUCUAAAAGCUAGUGCUCAUACUGUUUCAUAGUAAAUUAAAUAUCGUCCACAGGUUAAAAUUUUAUAAUAAUAAUAACUUUUUGUAUCUACCUACUUGAUGCUGGCCAUCAAUUUAAUGUACUACGCUUUAUUAAAAUAAAACAAUUAAUCUCUCGAUUGUACUCUAAGACUGGACCGAAUGUGAAAAUAGUACACAAAAAAGAAACUAUUUUCUUUCUGGCCAGUUUUGCAGCUCGCUAGCCGUAAACAUGUAAGCCAAAUCGAUUAAAAAUAUCGAUAGUUAUAAACAUAUUUCCUAAUAAAGACAGCGAGUAGUGGUUAGUGCGAUAUAGUAGCAGUUAUUUUGUGUAGGUGUAGAAUAAAAGUUAAUAUUGCUGUUCCAAUACGUUUCUCCGUACUCUUGAUCGCAGUAAGAUUUCACACUAAAGUAUUUAUUUAUUGUAGGUCACAUAGACUCUUAAUAUCGAGAUGUUAUGUGGCCCGUAAUCGUAACAUCACAUUGAUACUCUUUUUUAUUGUACAGUAAGUGCAGAAAAUGUUUUUUUUUUUAAAUAUUAUUGCGAACAAUAGUAUUGUAGAUAUGCUAUAAAUAUGUAGGUAGUAUUACCAUUCCUAGUUGUAAAAUAGUCGGACAUAAAAAUUUAUUUGUACUUUUUAGAUAGUAUAAUUAUUUUAUAGGGCGUUCUUAAAGCUUGCCAUACACUACCACGUUUAAAUUAUUUUUUUGUUAGUUUCUCAAUUUACUAAAACCAAUCUAUGAAGAGAAAUACUACUAAAUAAAGUUGGAAUUUAAAUUAAUUAUUUUUAUGUGAUUAUUCAGACAUAUUAAAAAAUCGAUCUUUAUUUGAAUUGUGUGCUUUAUUGUAAUGUUUUAAGAUCCAUUCUCUUAUAGACGGUGGAUAUUUUUCUUUCGGACACUAUCAACGGGAUUGUCAACAGCGUAUCAACCAAUCCAUAUUAUCUGCAAUUCGCCUCUAAUACCGCGUCAUAGAGUUCCAUGCAGAAUAACUUGAUAUGCGUUUACUCAUCUCCUUAACUUGAAAAUGAUUGUUUUUUUAUUAUAUAUUAAACAUAAAAUUACUAAUUUUUUAUUUAUUAUAAUUGUUUUAAAGGUAAACGUUGUGUGCAUAUUUAGUUCAGUUUUAUAUGAAGGCCACUGAUGAAAUUAUGGAAGUGUGUGGCUCGCAAACCGAAAGUGUGAAUAGAGAGGUUACUUCUACUAAUCAAGAGAAGAAGUUAUUACAUUCUGCGACAAAAUAUGUCAUUUGUUUUCCAAAAGGUCUAGUCCAUUUAUCUUUAUCGAAAACCAAAUAAGAAGUAAUCUCUCUUGUUCAGUGAUGGUGAUUGUCGCCAAGUAGGCAGGCAUCGCGAGUGUAUGCCCAGUUUUGAUUCCCAGUGCAGGGCAAGUGUGCGAAUAUAGUUGACGUAAAAUUAUGUUUAUCAAAAUUCCGGUUGUGUUAAAUUAUUUAGCAAUGUUUGUGUACUUUGGACAUUAUAUUUGAAAGGUGUGAUUAUGUUUUGGUUUGAUGCUUUUAAAAUCCUUUGAUGAAAUCGUAAUCUCACUAGUUUUGUAAAUUUAAAUUUUGUAACACUGCUUUUUAAUUAAAUUUAUACGUUUUGUUGUCGUAGAAAUUUGAAAUUUGAGUAAUUUUUAGUAUUUUUUUAUGUGCAAGAUUUUUAAUAUUGUUUUAAACUAGUAGUCCCUUAGCUGGGCAAAUUUCUUGUUUUUUUUUUUAAACUGAGCGCUGAAAAUAUUCGCAAAUAUUCUGUAUUUAUGAUUUGAAUUUGAGGUUGCGUAUCAAAUAACUAUGGAUAAUAACAAAACAAUGCCUUAUUUUAUUUCUACACGCACUAUUUUGACACAUUCUUUUUCUUACUUCUUUUCUGACUAUUCAUUACACUGAGUAUUUUUUCAAAUGAACCAGUUACCAAGUUUUGUAUUUUACGUCAUGCGCAUUAAAAAAAUAUAUUUUUACAAACAUGUUGUUAAGAAUUUUUUUUCUUUUAAUUCUCUAGGAAAUGUCAAAACUUAUAAAAAUGCAUAACACUUUUGUUACUCACCUUUACUCCAGAUUCAGUCUCAUUUACAUUAACAGUAUUUUGAUAAAUUUAGUUGAUAGAUAGAUUGAAUGUUGUGACAGAUUUUUUUUUGUGAUUGUGUUAAGAUAUCAGUGUAAUGAAUAUACUUAAUACAUAUUCGAAUGAGCUUCUUAAUUAAGAGAAGAUUGCGACUGAUUGUUAUCUAUUGAUAAUCAAGUUCUUAUGCAAUUUUGAUGUGCGAUUUUAAGCAGUUAGGUUAAAUAAAAGGUCGAGUAAGCGAAAUUAUUUAUUGUGCUAAAUAAAAUACGUGAAGAUCACUCAUUUUCCUAUGACUUAUAUAAUUGAAAAGCUUUUCGUAAUGAAAGUAUAUUUGAAUUACAAUUAUAUGAACAAUAUAAGCAUAAUGAAAUAAAACACUAAUGUUAAGAGUAUGUGUUGAUUUUUGUAUCGAAAAUCUAUUUAACCCUCGGAGAACCGUGCGUAAUAUGUUUUUACGAUCAUAAGACGUGAUAUGACAGUCUUCCCAAUAAAAUUUAUUUAAUGUUUCAUGCCACAACCCCGUUAUGAGUUUCAACUCUAAUUUUAAAACUCACAUCUGCCAAAUAAUUCUAUGAACAAAUUUUUAACGUUUAUGCAUUUUACGUACAGCUUUGAUGUAUAAAUAGAUUUUCGCCUAUGAAAUUCUAAAAUGGUUGUAAUAAUUGUGUUAGCUAUUGUUUUUAAUUUAAGCGCACGAAUUUAUCGACUUGACUAAAUUUUGUAUACUUAAGUUAAUCGUUGAGCGUUACAAAAUAAUGUAUUUUUUCAUAACUCGCAUAAACUAAGCACACUCUUGCCUAAAAUGUCGUGAAUGUACACUACGCAUAUGUGAUACACGGUUUAUAAAUAAACAAUUUAUUUGUCAA